CGUAAUCCAAGUGCCCCAGGCCAAAACUCCCUGAGCUUAUCCUUUCUAUUCAAGGAUAUAUGACUCCACUUAUAUGUAGAUGUGUGAGGAGACUUUGCUGCGUAUGCAGUUGCAGAAAGUUUGAUUAGGUUCUCUGGGCACAUUAUAUAUUAUUGUGGAUUGGUUGUGAUGAGGAGGGUGAUGAGAGAGCAGCAAGAUGAAGAAGAGGAUGAUGAUGAUUGUGAGGAGGAGCAAAAAAGGAUCUUGUACGAGCUCUGCUCCAUGAUUUUUCACAUCCUCCAUUCCCCUCCUCUUCCGCUUUCCACCACCAUCAUCCCCUUUCUAAAUCCCUCGGCUUCUUCUAUUUCUGCUUCCUUGUCCUCCUUGUCCUCCUCGCCCUCCGCUUUCGCUUCCUUCUUUCUCGGAAUUUCGCUCGCUCUUAUGCUGUUCGGAUCGGUCACUUUCGUGAUUGGGUUAGUAAUGCUGUCUUGGGUCGUCGGAUUAGUUUUCCUCUUCUACUUCGUCGCCGUCUUUUCCAAUUUGUCGGAAUUUGGACUCUCCAUUCUCGGCCACGACCCGACACAGUUUCCAGCAAGGAAAUCUUCAUGAAGCUGAUCCAUGCAGCUGAAGAAGAAGGAAUGAGGAUCUGGGCUUCUUCUUCUAAUUACUGUGCUAGCAGCUAGAACAAGGAACCAAUUUGAUGUUCGGAAUAGUUGGUUAAUUUCUUCUUCUUCAAAGUUAGUGCCUUUUUAAUGUUAGGUAAACUGUUCUGAUUUAUAGAAAUUUAUAUGCUUAUUCCGGAGGGGAAAAAUACUAAGGUCCUAUAUUACUCUUUAUCUCAUCGUGUCUUAAAAAAUAUGUUCGGCGAGCCC